GACGUUGAAUUCUCUUUGUGACAUUAUUUUAUCUUUGGUUUUGUUAUGACGUGUAAUUUGUAUGAGUAAAUUAUUUAUUUUAUGCGGAAAUACCGCUUAGAAAUUUAUAUAAAUCACUUGUUAAACAUAGUAUUCCGUCUGUAAAACAACUAAGUCCAAUUUAGUUGCUGUUAAAAUAUUACUAUAUUUGAAGUUUUGAGUAAAUUAAUAAUUGAAAAUGUGUGGAUCUGAUAAGAAACUUGGUGAAAUCAGGGCGCUGAUCCUGGUUGGAGGCUAUGGGACUCGUUUAAGACCUUUGACACUGAGUAGACCGAAACCCCUUGUUGAAUUUGCAAAUAAACCGAUACUUAUGCAUCAAAUUGAGGCUCUCGUUGACGCCGGCGUUACUCAGGUGAUACUAGCUGUCUCAUACAGAGCUGAGGAUAUGGAGAAGGAGCUCACAGAACAAGUAUCCAAGCUAGGAGUGUCCCUCACAUUCUCCCAUGAGACCGAACCUCUUGGAACAGCUGGACCGCUUGCCCUGGCGCGGGAGCUGCUUAGCACAAGUCCAGAACCAUUCUUUGUGCUUAAUUCUGAUGUUAUAUGUGACUUCCCUUUUAAAGAGCUUGCAAAGUACCAUAGAAGCCAUGGGAAGGAGGGUACAAUAGUUGUAACAAAAGUAGAGGAGCCUUCGAAGUAUGGUGUUGUAGUUUAUAAUGAUGAAGGAGUCAUUGAGAGCUUUGUAGAGAAACCACAAGAGUUUAUAUCCAACAAAAUUAAUGCAGGAAUGUACAUACUAAAUCCUUCAGUGUUAAGCAGAAUAGAAUUACGGCCGAUGUCAAUAGAGAAAGAAGUGUUCCCCUUCAUGGCGGCAGACGGACAGCUGCACGCUAUGGAGUUACAAGGCUUCUGGAUGGAUGUCGGGCAGCCGAAGGACUUUUUAACAGGAAUGUGCCUCUAUUUAACCAGCCUGCGUCAGAAGAACUCGAAUAAGUUAUACGAUGGUGCUGGAGUGGUCGGGAACGUGCUGAUCGACCCCACAGCCACCAUCGGCAAGGGCUGUCGGAUAGGACCCAAUGUUACCAUCGGGCCCGGCGUCGUUAUUGAGGACGGCGCUUGUAUCAAACGCAGCACGAUCCUGCGCGGCGCAUGCGUCAGACAGCACGCGUGGCUCGACGGCUGCAUCGUCGGUUGGCGCUCCGUCGUCGGCCGGUGGGUCAGAAUGGAGAACUGCACUGUUCUAGGAGAAGACGUCAUCGUCAAGGACGAGCUGUACGUCAACGGGGGCCAGGUCCUACCACACAAGUCCAUAGCGCUGUCAGUGCCCGAGCCACAGAUUAUCAUGUAAAGCCUGCAUCACACAAGUUUCAUAGAUGUUGAAUACAUUGGACAGAGACAAUUUUUUUUAGUUUUUCACUAUUUUGUGAUAUGAAAAUACAGCAUUGAAUAAAUUAAUUUUUUUGCUGUGCAGUGUAUUCACAUGGGAUUAGUCAAUAUUAUUUUUACUUAAAUUUUUAUUAUAUUUUGGCUAAAAAGCCGAGUAGCACGCCAGUAAAUUGUGCAUAGGCUAUGGAUGUAAUUAUUGGACAGCUAUGUCUAGUACACAAACUACAAUUUGAAUUUUAAAUAUACCUAUUUUUAUUGGACAAUGUAUUAGUGAUUAAUACAUUAUGCUUAAAGUCAGAAUUUCUUGCCAUGAUUAGAACAUUUUUUUACAUGGCAAUAACUAUUGGUUUUAUAAAGAAAUUCGUAUUUAUUGUUUUGUAUUCACUAUUAUUACUCGACAUUAACGAAAUCACCGAUAAAUUAACGGUGGAAAGCAUGAUAUAAAAGAAGAAGAUUAGAAUAUUGAAAAACCGUCAAGUAAAGGUCAGCUCAAAGUAUGGACUGCUGGCAAAGAAAAUUUUCAUUCAAAUAAUAGAAAUUCACUUCCCAUAAUAUACAUACAGUUGAUAAUAAUAUCAAGAAAAUGUUUGUGUCGCGGCGUUAUUGAUUUAAAAAAAAACAGUCUUAUAUGAGAAGAUGAAUUUCAUAUAAUUUUUUGAAUAUUUUUGUCACUACUUCAUCUGUGCUGUUUCUACUUGAUUAAUGGUGCAAUGGAACUGUUCAGUAAAAUUUUAUCGCCAUGCGAUGUUUUAUAAUAAAAAUUAUAACGAAAUCUAUACACAAUCCCAACCAAUAUCUUCGGGUCGAUAGUGAAAAUAGACCUAUCGGAGUAGAGUUUUAUUUAUUUGAUACUUAACUACUAAAAAAACAAUAAGGUAAUUUACCAAUAUUGAUUUUAAAAAUAUUGUAUACAUAAAUACGAAAUAGAAGUUCUUUUGUUUAGUAAUUCGUAUUUAAAAUAUUGUAAUUUGCAAGAGUGGGCGUAUUGUGGAGAUAGCUCACAAACACUUUCGUGCGCAUCGUAAUUCCUGAUGAGGUCAUACUACGGUAUUGUCUCUGUUUCGUUAUUUGACAUUGAGCUGUCCCAUUGGAAUUGAAAGGUUUAUCUUGUUGAUUUUUUACCAACUUCAAUAGUGGUUUCUAGAAUGAUAAAACUAAAAGAAAAAUAUCAGUUAAGUAGCCUUUUGACUUGCAUGCGUACGGCUAAUGUAUUUGUAUUGGUUUGUUCCCGGGAUUAACAUGGAGAUAAAGAUUACGAUUUCCAGUUGGGACUGUUUAUUGUUUUUGGUUGAGAGGACUUAACAGUUCUGAAAUAUGACAAUUUCAAUUGGCAAUUUAGCUUGGCUUUAAUUAUAUUGGCUUAGUGUACUUUAUGUAGUAGCAUUUGUACAAAUAACUUUAUAUACAUAUAGAUUAGCAAUAACUAUUGAAAUAUAAGAGAAAUACAUGUAACCCAAAUAACCAUGCAGUUCCAUAUUUAUAAUUUACUAUUCUUAUAAAUAAAAAUAUUUUUUUAAUGUUAAGAAAUACAAUUUAUUUUUGUCCAUUAUAAAUGGUGCUUAAUUUUUAUUAUUUGAGUAUGGUUUUAUUUUAGUUUUGUGUUUUUUAGAUUAUAUCUUCAGAUGCGAAAAGGAUUCUAGAUAACAUUCCAUGUGCCCAGACUUUAAAAACUAUAUUGUAAGUACUAAAUGGUAAACCACUGCCAUUGUUCAACCAAAACAAUUAUUAUUAGAGUACAUAUUAAGGUCUUUUAUAUUUUAAUAAAACUGUAAAGCCUUUAGAAUUCAACAUGUUAAUAUGACACACACACAUAGAUUAAAUAAAAUAAAUAUUUAAGAAUUUUGAAA